GUUCUUGGUCUCAAAAUAUUUUAAGCAGAAUCUGAUCAUUUGGUAACAUGGCACAGGGGGUUGUAAUAUGUGUCCUGGCCUUAUGUCUUAGCGUCAGUGCAACGAACAAUGGCACAGAAAUUGUUGAAACUGAAGAUACUGAAAUUGCCAGAGGAACAGUCAUAGCUCCAAGUGUUGUAGGCUGCUACAUAAAGAGCAUGCCAGAGCUAUACCACUUCAUGAUGAAUAUUUGGGCAUUAUAUCACAACCUUGAAUAUGACUCCAGAGAUGAUAAGGAGCCUCAAAUAAUCUUCUACAAUUAUAAAAAUGAAGUGCUCAAGGUAGUAAAAAUAAAGGACAAGACAUCUGAUGAAAUCAGUGCAAUACUGAAUGAAGCUGGAUUUUACCGGAAGUCACAAAAAGGAGAAGAGGUUCCGAAGGAAUUCCAGCAUUUUCCACUGAAAACACCUCGGGAUGAGCUUUAAAUGCUAAUAAGAUAUGCAUCUGCAUAGAUUAGAUUUUCUAAUUGCAGCUACGAUAUGCAAUACAGGAACUUCACAAAAAGUAACUGCCUAAUCGGUGUGAAGAAACUUCCUAGCAUUGUCUUUUCGUAGUAUAAUAAUUUAAUAAAAUCUGUUUUUUUUUGACCCACCU